UUGAAAGUGUUUUUUCUUCUCAAAAGGAACUUUCUUAACAUACUUAGUUCAUUACUGUUUUUUUCUUGAGAAAUCAAUUUCAAUCUCUCACUUAAUCGCACCCAAAUUAAAAUUAACAAAGAUUUAACAAAUCUAAAGAAAAAUCAACGAAAACAGGCCUUUGAAAAAUGUUAUUUCAAAAGAAGAAAAGGAAAAACAUAAUAAUUUAUCAAAUUUUAGGAAAUUAAUAGUAAUUUAAUUAAUUUUACUUCAUAAUUUAAGCCACUCCCCCCUUAUAAUUACGCGUGUUUCACACUAAAAUUAAAUAAUUAGAGAAAUAAAUUGAUCAUAAUUUAUUUUAUGAAUUAAACUUAAUUGCUUCUCAGUUCUAAAUCCAAGGGGCCAUCAUAAAGGCCCAAAUGAGCCCAAUGGCCCAUUCAAAAUCAGCAGAAACAAUGAGAGAAUUCUAGUUCUUUUCGAUCAUAGACAAUAUCUACCUUCUUUCUUUGUCUUCAAGCCAAAACCCCACAAAAACCUCUAUGUCUACACUACAAGCUUGAAAAAUUAGCGGAAAAAAAAAAAGAACAAGAACAUGUCACCUCUCCCCAAAACUGAAACUGUUCUUUCAACGGCAGCCUCUGCCAUUGUCUUCUGUUCCAUAGCCAGAAAUCUCAUUCCCCAAGCUGUUGAAGAAUACCUUUUUUCGACCCUUCGAAAUAUAUCAGCCCGUUUGAAGUCUCAGCUCACUGUCGUCAUCGAAGAAUUCGAUGGCCUCACUGCUAACCAAAUGUUUCAGGCUGCUAAUCUAUACUUAGGCUCCAACCUGUCUUCUAAAACAAGAAGAAUCAAGGUGACUAAGCCAGAGAAGGAGAAGGAACUGGCAAUUACUAUUGAUAGGAAUCAAGAAUUGGUUGAUGUGUUUAAAGGAGUGAAAUUGAAGUGGAUUUUAAUGUCUUCAGACAUUGAAAUGCCUGCUGCUGCUUCUAACAAGAAACGCCAUGACAGUGCAUUGUCACGGUCUGAGCUGCGAUGCUUCGAGCUGAGUUUCCAUGAGAAGUACAGAAACAUGGUGUUGAGUUCUUAUUUACCGUACAUUCUUCAAAAGGCUAAAGAAAUAAGAGAAGAGAAAAAGACUCUGAAGCUGCAUAUGAUCGACUACAAUGGAACUGAUUAUUGGGGAUCCAUCAACUUCCAUCAUCCUGCAAACUUUGACACAAUAGCAAUGGAUUCAGAGAUGAAAAAGAGGCUGAUUGAGGAUCUUGAUCGAUUCGUGGCAAGGAAAGAGUUCUAUAGCAGAGUAGGCAAGGCUUGGAAACGUGGGUAUUUAUUAUAUGGACCACCUGGAACAGGAAAAACGAGUUUGGUUGCUGCCAUGGCUAAUUAUCUCAAGUUUGAUGUUUAUGAUUUGGAUUUGAAGGAGGUUCAAUGCAAUUCGGAUUUAAGGAGGCUACUCAUUGGUACAGGCAAUCAGUCGAUAUUAGUAGUUGAAGACAUCGAUCGUUCUUUCGAGUCUGUGGAAGAUAAUAAGGUUACUCUCUCUGGUCUUCUCAAUUUCAUUGAUGGCUUGUGGUCGAGCUGCGGAGAUGAAAGGAUUAUAGUGUUCACAACCAAUCACAAGGAUCAGCUCGAUCCAGUAUUGCUAAGACCAGGGCGUAUGGAUAUGCAGUUGCACAUGUCUUACUGCAGUUUUACUGCUUUCAAAACGCUCGCAUUUAAUUAUUUGAAUAUUCAGGAGCAUCAAUUAUUUGAAGAAAUUGAACAACUGUUGAAGAAGGUUCAGAUUACACCUGCUGAAGUUGCUGGAGAGCUAAUGAAACAUAAAGAUGCAGAUGUUGGACUUGGAGAACUAAUCGAGUUCCUCCAAAACAAGCUAACAUCUGUUCUGAUGAAGGCAAAACCAAGAAGACCACAAGCAUCAACAGUCCUUUAGGAAUUUCUUACUUUGUAGGUAAAGAACAUGUAAGCAUUUGUCUCGAGUAUCGGCAUAACACAUAAACUGCUAGAUUUGCCAGCACAACUAUAAAAAACUUGAUGAAUU